AUGGUGAAUAUACUGACGAAAACACUAUCAAAUGCACAUUCAAAUUUACAAACAACUGGUCUGGGGAUAGGAAACACCCACAGAAGAAUAUCUUUAGGUUUUUUUCCCCCAAAUAAAAAAAACUUAUUAGUAAGAAAAUAUAGAAAGAGAAGGAAUAGAGUCGAGGAUCAAAGAAGUUACUAUUCAUUAGGGGAAGACUUUUCUAGUUCUGUUCGUGAUUCAAGCCUCCACCCUUUUCUUGGUGAUAUUAUCGAAGAAAUAGGUCAUGAGGGGAAUUAUUCUCAUGGUGGUGAUGAACUAAGUCGAACGGUCUCUUUACCUUCUCAUUUAUCGGAUGUCACGGAUUACAUUUCAGAUAAUGAUAGGAACAAUGGAGAUAAUGACCAUAUGAUUUCCUUUAUGGCUAAUUCAGAUAUUGAAGACCAAGCAGCCUUAAGUUCCAUUGCUGGAAGUCAUAAUAGAGAAUCAGACUAUGACGAGUUCAUGAAACAAAUAUAUGCAUACAAAAAUAACAUAAACUCGCAGUUAUCAGCUAAAGUACAUACGUCACAAAGAAGACCAUCAUUUGUAACAGUGAGUAGUAGAGGAUCAAUACCUACGGUAUAUCAAGAGCGUUACGGGACUCAUCCCGAGUUAUAUGGAGGUAUACGUCCUGAAGAUGUUACGUAUAUGUCUGAAUUAGCAAUUUUAUGUUCAUAUUCAUUCCCUUUAAUAUUCACAUUUUUGCUGGAACAGAUUUUUCCCAUAGUUUGCUCUAUCACAGUUGCACAUCUAGGAAAGACAGAACUUGCUUCGGUUUCUUUGGGUGCAAUGACAUCUAAUAUAACACUUGCAGUUUUUGAGGGUAUUUCAACCAGUUUGGAUACAUUAUGUCCUCAAGCUUACGGUGCUGGUAGACACAAAAGUGUUGGAAUUCAUAUGCAAAGGUGCAUUGUAUUCUCUUUAAUUUUAUAUAUCCCAUUUGCAUUUAUGUGGUAUUAUUCAGAACACUUAUUAAAAUUAGUUAUACCUGAAAAAGAAUUGGUUACAUUAACAUCACAAUUUUUAAGAGUUCAGAUACUUGGAGCUCCUGGUUAUAUUGGUUUUGAAAACUUGAAAAGAUUUUUGCAAGCACAAGGCAUAUUUGAUGCUGGUAUAUAUGUCUUAAUGAUAUGUGCCCCAUUAAAUAUCCUAAUGAGUUAUCUUCUAGUGUGGAAUAAAUAUAUUGGAUUCGGGUUUAUUGGUUCUGCAAUUGCAGUGGUUAUCAAUUUUUGGUUAAUGUUCAUAUUAUUGGUUCUAUAUGUAAUAUUUAUUGACGGGAAGAAAUGCUGGGGUGGGUUUUCGAAAAAGGCCUUUAAGCAUUGGAAAGAUUUAGCCCAGUUAGCAUUUUCUGGUAUUAUUAUGUUGGAAGCUGAAGAGCUAUCGUAUGAAUUAUUGACUCUAUUCAGUUCUUAUUUCGGAUCUACAUAUUUAGCAGUCCAAUCUGCUGUUUCAACUAUGGCAGCUUUGUUAUAUAUGGUUCCCUUUGCCAUUGGUAUCGCAACUUCCACUAGAAUUGCAAACUUUAUUGGAGCCAAACUUACUCAUUGUGCAUAUAUUUCAUCACAAGUUGGCUUAAGUAUGUCACAAGCAGCCGGUUUGGUAAACUGUUUUUUACUGAUUGGUUUCCGGAAACACAUUGCUAGAAUAUUUUCCCAAGAUGCUGAAGUUAUUGAAUUGAUAAUAGAUCUAUUACCUUUAGUAGGUUGUGUUCAGAUUUUUGAUGCAUUAAAUGCGGUUGCAGGAUCAUGUUUAAGAGGUCAAGGUAUGCAAACUUUAGGAAGUAUUGUUAAUCUUAUCACAUAUUAUUUGUUCGCAAUCCCAUUCGGUAUGUUUUUAAGUCAAUGGUAUGAUUUAAAAUUAUAUGGCUUAUGGAUUGGUAUUGGAUCAGGAAUGUUUAUAAUAGGUGUCAUUGAAUCAUACUAUGUACUCAAACCAGAUUGGGAACAAAUUUUAAAUUAUUCUGAGAUUUUAAAGGAAACAGAAAACGAUGAAGAUUCUAAUAGUGAAUAUUUUACGGAUUCUGAUAAUGAUGAAUCUGAAGAUACUCCUCUAUUAAAUUAA